AUGGGAUCGAUUGUAAUCACCGCGCCGCCACUUCAUUACCAAGCUUCGUCGAACCGGACUAUACCAACCGCACCAUCGUCCUCGUCCGCCUCGCACGAGCGCGCUCCAAUUCCUAUGUCUGACGCCGUGCUGCAAGGCACAACCGCAGCAACCUCCGGAACGCGGCCGACGCCCCACGCUCGGCACAGCGCGCAGCACCCACCAAAAAGUCCCCAUCCCGAACCGCAGUCGACCCCACAAAAUCCUACGCAAGAUGCGUCGGCUGGAUCUGGUCAUGUAAGGCCACAGGCUACCGCCUCCAACGAUUCAUCCGCAAGGGCCUCCCCGCAGCUUGUUCGCUCGCCUGCAGACUCCACAAGCAGCUCCCCGCCCCGCAUAAGAGUGCAGAGCCUCUCACACAUCCAAAGCUUUGCGCUCGACGGCACAAGUCCUUUUUCACAGAGCCGAUCGUCAUCCCGGCGCUCAUGCCGAGAUCCAAGCGACAUUGGACCGCAGUAUGAAAUCAGCGCAAUGCCGGUCGCCGACAUCAUCGAGAUGGUUGCAGGCCUGUUGACGAAGAUCACGACCACUAAUGACCGCCAACACGAGCAUCUACACCGCCAUAUACCGCCACCCGAUGGCACGAACAACCUAGAUCCGCAGACCAGCAGCGUGCUGGCGUUCCACGGGAAGAACAUCCCGAACAUCUCCAUCCUAAGCUACCUAAGCCGCAUACAUAAAUACUGCCCUACCACCUACGAGGUCUUCCUCAGUCUCCUGGUAUACUUCGAUCGCAUGACAGAGCGCGUCAACGCCGGCCCUAUGCAGAGCCUUCGCCAAGCAAACCAACAGUCCGUAGAACGAGCGACGCCGGGACCCAGAGACAGCAGCCGCAUGGACUCGGUUUCUUCAUCUCUGCCGGCCAGCCAGCGUUCUCCAAUGGAGUCGCGAAGACAAGUCCAAGCGGCGGCCCCCCCGUCCUCAGGCUCCCUGGGCAGAGCCGCAGAUUCACCACGGCAGGAUCACCCGCCUUCGUCACCGGAGCGGCCCCUGGAUGCUGAUCCUUACAGCCUGUCACACUUCUUCGUGGUCGAUAGCUUCAACAUUCAUCGGCUAGUGAUUGCGGGCGUGACCUGCGCCAGCAAGUUCUUCUCGGAUGUGUUUUACACCAAUUCGAGAUAUGCCAAGGUCGGCGGACUCCCGCUCGCCGAGUUGAAUCAACUAGAGCUGCAAUUUCUGCUGCUGAACGACUUCCGUCUUGCUGUUCCACUAGAAGAGAUGGAAGCGUACGGGACGAUGCUAGUCGAGUUCUAUGCAAGGGAAGUCGUAGCACAGCAGAACGCGACCCAAGCACACCGUUGA